UUAACAACGGCUCCCGGAGCCAUUGUGGUCGCCAUCUUGAUUGUCAAAAAUCCAAAUGGAACCUGUAAAUUAAUUCAAGAGGGGAGAACGGGGUAGUGUUGGUGGAGGGACACACAGGGAAAUUCUGCGAGGUUCUGGGGCGGUGAUGAAGCUUGGCGCUGAUUAGUGAGUUGAGCUUCGGCCACCGCAGCUCUCUGCUACAUCACCAACUCAUCCAUCCGCGUUUUACCUGUCUGCCCGUCGCUCUUCAAUUUUUUGAAGAUUCAACAGCGCUCAAUCUCCUUCUACACCUAGACAUCUUCUCUUCUUUGAUUUCGUCGCCCUUGUCCUUGCCCUUGCUCCCCAGCCCUGGGCUGUCAACACCUGCAUCAUGCCUAGCGCCACGGGCUCGAACUGGGAGAAGUACCAGAAGAACUUCGCGGAUGAUGAGGAGCCGGAGAAGAAGAUCACGCCCCUCUCAGAAAGUGACAUCGCAGUACUUAAGACCUACGGCGCGGCCCCCUACGCAAACGCCCUCAAGAAGCUCGAGAAGGAUAUCAAGGACAAACAAGCAAGCGUCAACGAGAAAAUCGGCGUGAAGGAAUCCGACACCGGUCUCGCACCUCCACACCUUUGGGAUGUCGCCGCCGACCGACAACGGAUGGCCGAAGAGCAGCCUCUACAGGUUGCUCGCUGCACAAAGAUUAUUCAGGAUGAGAAGGACUCCGACAAAAGCAAAUAUGUCAUCAACGUGAAACAGAUCGCCAAGUUCGUUGUCAACCUAGGAGAGCGUGUCAGCCCCACAGAUAUCGAGGAAGGCAUGCGAGUCGGUGUCGACCGGAAUAAAUACCAGAUCAUGCUACCACUCCCGCCCAAGAUCGAUCCCAGUGUGACGAUGAUGACGGUCGAAGAUAAGCCAGAUGUUACAUACGGUGAUGUUGGUGGAUGCAAAGAGCAGAUUGAGAAGCUACGAGAAGUUGUCGAGAUGCCGUUGCUAUCGCCAGAGCGAUUCGUGAACCUCGGUAUUGAUCCGCCCAAGGGUGCUCUGCUCUACGGACCUCCUGGUACCGGUAAGACUCUUUGUGCCCGUGCUGUUGCCAACCGGACGGACGCGACUUUCAUUCGUGUGAUUGGUAGCGAGUUGGUGCAGAAAUACGUUGGAGAGGGUGCUCGGAUGGUCCGUGAGUUGUUCGAAAUGGCCCGCACGAAGAAGGCUUGCAUCAUCUUUUUCGACGAAAUCGAUGCUGUCGGCGGUGCUCGUUUCGAUGACGGUGCUGGUGGUGAUAACGAAGUUCAGCGUACUAUGCUUGAGCUGAUUACGCAGCUGGACGGUUUCGAUGCCCGUGGUAACAUCAAGGUCAUGUUCGCCACUAACCGUCCUUCUACUCUGGAUCCGGCGCUCAUGCGUCCCGGUCGUAUCGAUCGUAAGAUCGAGUUCUCCUUGCCCGAUGUCGAGGGACGGGCCAACAUUCUGCGCAUUCACGCUAAGAGCAUGUCCGUCGAGCGGGAUAUCCGAUGGGAACUGAUCUCUCGUCUCUGCCCCAACGCAACCGGUGCGGAGCUGCGCAGUGUCGCAACCGAGGCCGGUAUGUUCGCCAUUCGGGCGCGGAGAAAGGUGGCUACGGAGAAGGACUUUUUGGCAUCGGUGGAGAAGGUCAUCAAGGGCAACCUCAAGUUCAACUCCACGGCGACGUACAUGCAGUAUAACUAGAACUAAAGGGACUGGUCUUCUUUGCAUGGGCAUGGCAGAAUGGGCUGUACGAUCAUCUCUUAUUUUGCCAUUUGCAGCUUAAGCUCUCAAUGUGCACGAAUCUAUAAUCAACGGGUUUGUUGUGCCCAAAUUAGUAGUUUUCCUUAGAAUCGUAUAUCGCAUGCCGUAGCAAGGAGGUGAUCGAUACUAGCUUCCAUCGUUUGGUCACCUGACUGGAUGAACCCAGCUAGCAAGUAAGGUUUCCCAUAAGCUUGCACCCACAUGACGAACAACCUUUGUAUCAUGUGACUUCGCGUGCAUAGCUGUAUUCGAAUCAAU